GCUGGGAGCAUCGCCACCCUCCUUGCCGUCGGGCCGCUUGUGCUUCGCCAUGUCGGAUGGAACUGGAAGAUAUGCUGUGCCCAGCCAUGCCGCAUCCCUGCUGGACGUGCGGGCGAAGCGAAGAGAGGCCUAUCAGUCUCAACGAAGCGGCUGGGGAUCUUGCGGCAGGAGAUAUGGUGCCGCCUUUUUUCUGGUGGACGUGGUGCUUUGCCCCGUCUUCGCUCUCUUCUCCGUGUUCCGACAGCUGCUUCGCCUUUGGUGGAAGUCCUUCACCGCUUGGCUCUCAUGCAUGGAUUGCCACUUCUUCCUUGGCGCUCUGGCGGCGGUUUUGCUGUGUGCUUGGACGGCCUGGCAGAGCUGUGAUGCUCCGGCACAGCUAUCCAGCGUUCAAGCGGCGCCUCGUGUGUUGCUUCUGUGUUGCUUCGCAAAAUGGGGGCAACCUCAGAAAGGAACCACACCUGGAGCGUCAUCUUCGCUUAGUGUGCAGCUUCGAAUCUCCCUUGGCUUCGCAGGCCUGGGAGUUGCUCAAGAGCACCAGCAGCAGUCUGACGCUGCAUUGGGUAUGGUUUGUCGCUUCCCUUCAAGAGAUUGAACAUCGCGUGGCAUUGCUGCUGUUGCAGGGCCGAUGCCCGUCGCCUGGUAUGAACGGUGCCGGCAGCUUGGGGAAUGGAAUGGCAGACACAGACACGACCCAACUGUAGGUGAGCAAACCAGGGUGGAAUUGCAGGUUAAAGAGCAUGCACAUGAUGUACUUAGCCAAAACAACAAACAAGAAACAACAAUGUUAAUACAAUGACGAUAGGGUUCACCAAAACCCGCAAGGAUUACCAGGGCAUGAAUCCACUGGGGUCACAUGUCGUUUCUUCCUGUUUUGACCUGAAGGUCCCCGGGUGUUGUGGCAGAACAAGCACGAGCCUGAUGAGCAUGUCCCAUUGAUUGAUUGGGGCGUGUUCUCACCUUCCUGUUGGCUGUACCCACGUUGGCUUCUCAGAACCUAAAAGUGGAGCAUGCCAUUUGCAGGCCACGUGCUUUGGCACAUGGUCACCCCAUGUGAACUCCAGGCCCGUUCCGAUCACCACGGCACCAGGUUUCGUGACCUGGAUGAAGCUCAACAAGCUUGCCAGUCGUGUCGGGAGUGUUUGGUUUCGCAUCCAGCGAACUCACAAACGCUCUCGAUGGAUUCCAAGGGAUUUGUGGCUGACACCGGUGAGUUGGCACAGAUGCAGUAACCAUUAUAGCAAAUCCGAGCAUGACCUUGUUUUAUCAUUUUUUAGUGACUUCCUAUAACCUAUAACUACAGGGUUACCAUGCUUUAUGCUAAGAUGAGCUGUAUUGAAAAAAUAUUAAUGAUCAAAUUGACAUGUUUUGUUUAACCUUCAGGCCUUUUGUAGGAUUUCACCGAGAAACA